AACACGGAAGUUUUAUGACUGUCACGACUCAUGUUUACAACGGGGUGUUCAGUAGAUUGGCGUCCCCGUGUUGUUGUUGUUUUUUAGGACACCAUGCGAACUUGAACUGAAGAGCAGUAAGCAAAAAAAUAAAUCUGUGAUCGGAAACAACUCAUCUGGACUCCAGGAGCCGGGGGUCCCAGCGGGGAGUCCUACCCGAUGGCAUCCGCCGGACAGAUGCAGCCCAGCGGGCCGGGGGAGGGAGCGGGGCUCGGGGAAAGCCUGUCCAUCCACGACAGCACAGAGAAGCUGAACUCCUCCGCUGUCAAUCGCAUCCUGAUGGAGUUCUUGUCUUACUUUGGCAGAGCCGUGCUCGUCUUCUACCCCGUGUAUCUGGCGGGAUAUCUGGGCUUCAGUAUCAGCUGGGUGCUGCUGUGCAUGGUGCUUGCAACUUGGUGGAAAAAAAAUCGCCAGUGGAAAGACACCCGGAUCGGAACCGCCAUCGAUUUUGUGGAUAAUGAAACACCUUUGAUCAACAAGGAGCUGCGAAGUGCCUUGCAGAUGGCAUCAUGGGUCCAAUUUCCAGAUGUUGAGAAAGUUGAAUGGCUUAACAAGGUGUUGGAGCAGGCGUGGCCUUUCUUUGGGAUGUUCAUGGAGAAGCUCCUUAAAGAAAAUAUCCAGCCGGCCAUCAGGCUCUCCAGCCCCGCGCUCAAAAUGUUUGCUUUCACCAAGGUCCACUUUGGACGCGUACCUCUGAAGAUCACUGGAAUGAAAGCAUACACGGAUGAAGUGGAUCAGCGACAGGUGGUUCUGGACUUGAAUUUAAGUUAUGAGGGCGAUGUGGACAUCAACGCUGUGGUGAAGGAGCCAAUCAGAGCCGGUAUCAAGGAACUUAAACUCAAGGGGAUGCUGAGAGUCAUUUUAGAGCCGCUUAUUGGUGAAGCGCCACUUGUAGGAGGAGUCACCUACUUCUUCAUUCGCCGGCCUACCCUAAAAAUCGACUGGACUGGCAUGACCAACCUUUUGGACAGCCCUGGCUUCAGUUCGUUGUCUGACGAGACCAUCAUGGACACCAUUGCCUCGCUCAUGGUGUUGCCCAACCGCAUGUGUGUGCCCCUCAUAGACCAGGUCAAAGUGGACCAGAUGAGGUUCCCACUACCUCGUGGUGUGGUCAGGGUCCACUUGGUCGAGGCCAGAGACCUGGAGGCCAAGGACACUUACAUGAUGGGUUUAGUGAAAGGCAAAUCAGACCCCUACGCAAAACUCAGAGUCGGAAACCGCCAAUUCAAAAGCAAGACCAUCAAAGAGAAUCUGCACCCCGUGUGGAAGGAAGUGUAUGAGUUUGUCGUCCACGAGGCCCCGGGGCAAGAGCUGGAGAUGGAGUUAUAUGACGAGGACACGGAUAAAGAUGACUUCCUUGGAAAGUAUAACCUUGAUUUGGGAGACGUGAAGAGGGAUAAAGAAAUUGAUCAGUGGUUUCCCCUGGAAGGGGUUGAGAGUGGAGAAGUUCACCUCAAGCUGCAGUGGUUUUCCCUUAAGUCUGACCCCAGCCUGCUGACCGAGGCUGCAGACGGCCUUGCUUGUGCUAUGCUUGCAGUGUAUCUGGACAAUGCUACAAACCUACCGAAAAACCUCAGUGAGAUCACAGAGAAUCAGAAACACGGGAAGCACACAAGGGAAGCCCGGCUUACAAAGAGAGUUGCCUGUCCGAACUCCUAUGUGGAAUUUUCCAUUGAUAAAGUAGUUCAGAAAAGCAAGAUUGUGUUUGCAUCUAAAGACCCGGUGUGGGAGGAGGGCUUCACCUUCUUUGUGCAUAAUGUCAACACACAGCAGCUCGUGAUUCAGGUUAAAGACCACGAGAAGAAGUCUCAGCUCGGUGUUUUCAACUUGCCCCUGUGUCGUCUCCUCAACACGUCCGACUUGACUCUGGACCAGUUCUUCCCGUUGGAGCGCUCCGGAGCAAACAGCCAGAUCAAGAUGAAAGCAACUCUCAGGAUUCUUACUGUGGAAAAGCCUCCACCCAAGAUUGUCCACAAAUCUCCUCCCAAAGUCAAACCACAGACCAACCAAGGAGGUAACGCCCCAGCCUCCUCUGCGGCAGUUUCCUCCAACACCGUCCCUGCUAGCCAAGCCUCCUCUCCGACCCCGGUAGCUAAUGUCCAGAAUGGCUCUAAUACGGUCCAGAAUGGCUCUAAUACGGUCCAGAAUGGCUCUAAUACGGUCCAGAAUGGCUCUAAUACAGAGUAUUCAACUCACCGCCGCGGCUCCCUCCUGGCUUCUGAAACCUACCGGCCACCUUCUUCCGUAUCCAACAUGCGUCGGUAUGACUCCCACAGCCUGCUGUCAGAGAACUCCAUCGCUUCGUCACGUUUUGACCUUUCAGAAGGAGCCUCGUAUCCAGAGGCUAUCAGGAAUCAUCAGGGUUCGUUUGGGGAGAUCUACCUGAGUGUACGCUAUGCCACCCUGAGGAAAAAACUUGUCAUCACAGUUGGCGCCUGCAGGAACUUAUUCCGCUUCAGUGCUGGCACAGACUCUUACGUCCGCCUGUAUUUGCUCCCUGACCACUCCUGGAGACACCGCAAGAAAACACACGUCAAAAGGAAGACAGUCAAUCCCUCCUUCGAUGACAAGUUUGAAUUUGAUGUGUCACUUGAAGAAGCAAAAACUAGGAAGUUGGAUGUGUCUGUAAAAAAUGGCAAGAUGCUACACUCACGGGAGAGAAAGGACAUUGGCAUGGUGAUGCUAGAUUUUUCACAGGUGGAUCUAACCAAAGGCAUCGCGGACUGGUUUGAGCUCACGUUGCCUGGGCUGAAUAACUCCAGCUACGGGGCAGAGAGGUAAAGCAGCAGCUCCUCAGCCACUGCGAGGAGAGUUUCAUAUUCCUUUGUCUUCCUUAUCAUCGUGAGAUUGACAGAGUUGGGUUUUCCAAGAGCAGCACUAAACCCAUCUCAGACACUGGAGAUGUUUGUUACUGAAGGUGUAAUAAUGCAAAUAAGAAUUUUAAACAUGCUUCCUUUCGUAUUGCAGAUAAUGUUGGCACAAACAUUUUAUUGUGGCUUAUUUUGGGUUGACAAGAAGCCCAGUGAUCCUGAAUAGUAAUGAUAUUACUAAGCAUGUCUUUUCCAUUAAAAAAAGAGAAUGUAACUCAUCAGAAAAUGAUUUGAAUUCUACUCAAUCGAAAAACAAAGGUGAUGUCUUUAUUUUUAUAUUUUUGGAGAGAGGUUUAGUUUUUGAGUUGACCUAAGCCAAAGUAAUCCCCUUGUAUUUUCAUGUAAAUAGUUUUAUUGAUAGUUUGUAUAUAAUAUAUCAAAGGAAAUAAAGGUAUAGACGUGUGUUUGUUACAGCAAUCCAGGUGGGACAUUGCAUGGUGAGGAAGGGUUACAUGCUUAAAUAUACACUGACAAACACAUAUUUACAACUGGAAGAAGCCAAAUACAACUAGAGUUUUGUGUGAAAUUACAUCAAAGCAAGGCACAGUUCUAUGUUGGGCGGCAAGAUACAGUCCUUUGCUCAAGGACUCCUUGACCAUAGUUACCGACAGAGUGUCCAAGUACAUCUUUUGAACCUAGGUAACGCACCUUUACCAUCUGGUCUUUAAGAUAUCUUCAUUUUCAAUAUUUCAAAUACUUUACACAAAACUUUAAUGAAUGCCUUACAUAUGUUUGCAGUGAAACUGUUUUUUAUGACGGAGAGGGAACAAAAAAAAAAAAAAACUUUCAGAAUUUAUGUACAAUUUAACUUGGAAAAGCAUGUUAAUUCAUUAAGAUAUGGGAAAACACCAUAUAACAUAAGUUAUAUCAUCACAAUACCUUUUGGAGAACUGCCAUCCAAAUGGUACUCAUCUUUGCUAUGCUUAGUAAAAAUUUAGUUGACGGCUAAUUGUAAAAGUAAGAUGUGCCAAGAGUUUGGUGUUGACUGUUGAGCUGUUUAUGAAGUUUCCAAUUGAAUAGACACUAAAUGACUGUGAAAUUUGUUUUCGGCUAAUAGUUUGAUGGUGAAUAAACAUCUUCAAGCAAA